AAAAAGAAAAAUUAUCUCUAUGACUAACAUUGUAUUUGAAUUCUCUUUUAUUUAAAACAUGUUUGGUACUUCAGGAGGGCUAGGAGACUUGGCCGGAAAUGCAUACGGUACCUCUAGUGGUGAUUUGGGCUAUAAUGGAUUUUCUGUGUCAUUAAACUAUUUCACAGCACUUCCAGAUCCUUCACAUUUACAAGAUCCAAACGCCACCAUAAUUUUCAAGUCAUUACUCAAGAAGGAUUCCAUAACCAAGGAGAAGUCGUUGAACGAGCUUCUACUGUACUUGGAUGAUCAAUCCACCCCAGUGGAUGACAUUUUCACUGUCCUGUGGAUUCAGCUUUAUCCCAAGUUGGCUAUGGAUAACUCUAGAAAUGCGCGAGUAUUAGCACAUCAAGUUCAAGCUAAGCUUCUCUCACGUCUAGGUGGGAAAGCAUUUAGUCGCUACUUGAAAAGUUCGAUCCCUGUGUGGCUUCUGGGUGUCUUUGAUAGUGACAAUGUUGUCAGUAGAGAGUCUUAUAAAUCCCUUGUGGAAAGUUUCCAAGACAAGGAAAAAGUUGACGUCAAACUUUGGGUCUUAUUCUACGAACCAAUUGUCAACUAUAUACGUACUGCGCUCACAAUGGAAACUAAUGAGAGCUUGUCUGACCCAAGAUAUACCAAGGAAGAUGACUCGAUUGCCAAAUACGAUCGAGUGGUGAAUGGAGCGCUCACUAUGUUGGCUAAGUUGAUUGGAUUAGUCAAUGAUGGAACCUUACUGGAAAAUGAAAAAACUAUUGGUGAAAUUGAUUGGUCCACUUUAGAGCAGCUUGUAAGCGCAGACUCUGUUUGGGAUGGGCAUUUGGAACGUUGUCUCGCCACGAAAACUUUAAAUUUGUCUCUCUUUAAGACUCUUCUUAUCCUCAUUAAAGCGAUCUUUGGCGGUAAUGUUGAAGGGGGAUCUCUCUUCCUUUCCCAUGUAGAACCAAAGUCUCUCUACAAAUUGAUUUCAAAGAAAUUCUUAAAGCACGUUAAAUUGAAGUCUUCUACUACUUCCAAGAGUGUCCUUGCAAGCAUUAUCUUACAAUUCUGGGAUACAUUGGUGAUAUUGACACGUUAUUCAAGUCAACCAAACCUGAAAGUGAAAAAGAACUUUUGGGAUUUCAGUGAUAAGGCUAGAUCGAGACUUCUUGGAUAUCUAAAAUUGGGGAGUUGUCAGCUGAACCCUGCUUAUUACCUGAUUAUAGGUCAGUUUUUCUUGGAAUUAUCCAAGGCAACGAAAACAGAAGUGAUAGAUUUUAAAAGCAAUAAAGACGCUAAGGAAAUUCUCGUGGAUAUUUUAGCAUCGGACUUCAGUACCCUUAGAGGUAACGAUUGGAAACUGAAGUGUUUGGCAUGUUUGAUUAAAGUUCACGCUUGUUUCAAAGAAGUGGGAAACUCUUUAGAAAUCCUGCAAAUCAUCUCCUACCAAGUUCUUGACUCUAUCAAUGGUAAUAAGGAAGUGUUGACAUUGUUAGGAAAUUCAUUCCCUGACCUUGAACAAGUUUGGGCACCUUUCAAGGAGGCUUUAGUCGCAUAUUCUCUACAAGAUAGGGAGGAAAAUCAAUCAUUCAGUGUGGGUCAGUACACAUUUAAAACUAAGGAUAUGAACGUAUUGGCAACGAUGUAUAUGAAACUUAUCACAACAUCAAAGGACCAAGACCAACUCCAAUCAUUGGUAGGUGAUAUUUUUGAAGGAAUUCUUGACCCAGAACUUCUCCGUCCUUCAUUAGCGUUUUACAUUAUCGCGGAAUACUUCAAACUGUACCAUAAUCCAGAUAAAAAUGCUGCCGCUACAACGCAACAGUAUAAUCUCUUGGACUUCAUGGAUAAUCUCCCUGCUUAUAUUGAGGAAGAUUUUGUAGGUCCUCCUAUUGAACUCAUGUCAGUCAUCCUUCAUGUAUUCGGAGGUUCCGAUGAUAAAGAAACCACUGAGCGUCUAGGAGAACUGGUCAAUGAUGUAUUCAUUAAGCUUACAAUGGUUUCUCCUUCCAAGGUUCCUCUGUUCCUUGUCACUUUGAGUGAAGUCAAGUUCAACUUGCUGGAACAUCCUGAAAUGUUUGCGUAUGUUGUAGAAUUGUCAAAAAGAACGGAACAACUUUCAGCAGACGAAGCAAAGGUUGUAUUUUCAUAUACUCAAGAUGAUGCAAUUUUCCAAAAUUUGUUGGAAAAUAGCACUAAAAGUGAUAAGGAUGGUUUAGUAUUCAUUGGUCUGUUACUCAAUGACAACAAGGGCCAACAGUUGGAAUCAACCGACUUAGACAGUUUAUUAGCUAUUUGCUGGAGAAACAUUGGUUCCAGCAAAUCUGCGAGAUCAUUCGUAGAAAGCGGUUUUGCUGCAGACGAAGUGCUUCAAAAGUCAUUGUUUGAGCACAUUGGAAAUCCUACAACUACCAAUUUUGUAGAAUUGCAAAAAUAUUUUGACAUAUCAUUACCGGAAUACUUCCCAACUCAACAACUUACAGAUUUGGUUGAAUUAACGAUUGAACUGGACACUUUACAAACUCCUGCUAGUCAACUCUCAAUUGCAAACACCGUAGAGCAAAAUAUCGUUUUGGGUACAACUCACAGUACUGCCUUUAACCUUGAAAAGAGCUUAGUAAGUGUGGGUACUUUCCUUCUUGGAUUAAAGCAAGUGGCAGAAAAUGAACCGCUUUUGUUUGCCACGGGUUUGCUUUCAGAGUACUUUGCUGAUGUAAUUUUUUUGGGAAAAAGUGAAGAUAAUCACAUUGUAUCCCUCCAGGAAAAAUUACACAAUAUUUUCAUAGAAAGUGUAACAGCUGGUCUCUCACUUGCCGAUGUAGUGUCUGUCAUCGAUGGAGGUGAGUCCAAGCAUACUAUUUCGUUGAUAAUUAAUUCACCUUCGACAUAUGCUGCUCGUCUUCUCAAAUUAAUUGUGUCCUCUAUUUUGGAUGGUGUAUCUCUCCUGAAUUUUGAUUCACAGUUCACCAUAAAUUUGAGUAAAUUGGCUACGAAAAACCCAUUACAAUUUGGUUCCAUUCUUUUAGCUUGCUCUCAAUUUUUGGCCACUUCCUCCAAGUUUGACAGAAUUCGUAAUUUUGUCGCUGCUGAGAUUUUGGGAGUUCGUGGUGAAUCAAAAAUCUUAUCAGAUGGAUUGAAAUGGUUGACUCUUAGUAUUAAUUUUUUGUUCAAUGAAGACAAUUACGAGUUCAUCCCACCGCAUAGACUUAUGAUGGUUCUUAACACGAUUCUGUCUUGGUUGGAAUCUGACAUCGCAUACGAUGAAGAAUUCAUUGUGAUGAGAUGUCAAAUUUCCAGAUUCUUGGUUGGCUUAAUGGAAUAUGAUGAUACCCCAUCUAAGGUGUUUGAAUUAGCUAUCCAAUUGUGCCACGAUAACUUUGGAACAAUUCAAGUGGAACCUGCUCAUUUGGAAUUGAAAUAUUUCACUCUAAAGCUUGCUAUUGCAUUAAAGCGUCAUCUAGAUGAGGCAACAUGGAAGGAAGAACAAAACACGUUUUAUGAAGAGGCUCUUGAUAUUAUGGUGAAUAAGGAUGUUCAAGGUCAAGACGAAUUGUUUAACAACCAAUCAGUCCUGCUUUGUCAUACUCUCUUGGUUAGAUUUUUCCAGAAAGCCAAUAUUCUGAAAUCUAUUCUUCAGGAUAAGAACCUUGAAUUAUAUGGUCUUCUUGAAUGUGAAUCCAUUGACCUUCAAAGAAUUAGUGUUUUGCUUUUGCACGGAUUGAUUUUAGAAUCUCAACAGGACUUUGUUGUGGACUAUCAAUUGCGGAAGCUGACUAUUAAAGAUGACAAUCUGGACGAAGAAGAACAAUCGAUCAUUGCUGAACUUCCAUCCGUACUUCUCUCGCUAAUCAAAUCUAAGUUUGAUGACUUUAUUGAAUUUGAGAAGGCAACGAAAGUCGCUCUGUUCAUUUGGUCUUGGUCGCUUAUAUUUGAUCACUUUGUUGAUAUCACGUAUUCUCUCCGUCAUGAAUACACCGUUCAAUUGAAGAAGUAUAAUUCUAUUGAUGAAUUAUUAGAUUUUAUCUUUCAACAAGUGGAUGUCACUGAUAUGGCUUUAUUGAAGGAUUUGGAAGAGACUUCGAUUCAAACCUUCCAACCGGUUACUGAUUCUCUUAUCCAUGAAUUUAAGUUCUCUCUCCUUCAUUUGUACUAUUUAUCGCUUGAACAUUUUGGUUCUAGUGUUCUGACUUGGUACAAUGGUAUCAGAGACCGUCAAUUGAAACUCAAAAUUGAGAAGUUUACUACGAAGUAUGUCUCUCCUCUUAUUGUCACAAAGAUCCUUGAUGAUGUCGCAUCAUCAUCGGCUAAGAAUGCUUCUGACGAAAUCAUGACUUUGAAGGUUAACAAGGUCACCAAUGAAAUCCGUUCGAUCUAUCUUAUCGACGACCAGAACAUGGAAAUGGUGGUCAAGAUUCCUGCUACAUACCCCUUAGCAAAGGUUUCUGUUGAAGGUCCAUUGCGUCUUGGUGUUAAGGAAAAUCAAUGGAAAGCAUGGUUGUUGGCAUCUCAAAGGGUAAUCUCAUUGACCAACGGUUCCAUUAUAGAAGCAAUUGAACUUUUCAAUAAGAAUGUGAACUUGCACUUUUCUGGAUUUGAAGAUUGUGCAAUCUGUUACUCCAUUUUACAUCAAGAUCACUCCUUACCUACUAAGAAUUGUCCAACUUGUAACAAUAAAUUCCAUGCUGCUUGUUUGUACAAAUGGUUUAAGAGUUCAGGUGGAAGUACAUGUCCAUUAUGUCGUUCGACCUUUAAUUUUACUAGAAGAAGUUAAUAUUUACAACUAAAUAGAAUAAUAUAUAUAUAUACCAGAUACAUUGAAU